AUGACAUAAAUCAGAAUGGUUUAAAAUAAAAUAAUAUAUCUNUCAACUUUUAAUUUAGGAAAUCAAAAUUCAUAAGGAGUAGGAUUAGGAUUAGUAAUAUCUAGAAAUUUAGUUGGUUUAUUAGGUCCAAAUGAAUUUAUAGAAAUGAGCUCAACAGAAAAUAAAGGAUCGAAUUUUAGUUUCUCGAUAUACUAGAAUGCUUAGCAUAAAGAAUGCAAUUAAAUUAAUCCUUUAUUAUUAGAAAAUGGAAUUCCUGAUAAUGAUCCAUCUCCUAUUCAUCCAGUUCCUAAUCCUUUAAUUAAAAGACCUAAUAGAAGAUAUCAAACCGUAGUAGAUAUAUCUACAUCUCUAUAUCAAAAAUUAAAAAUAUUAAUUGUAGAUGAUACAAUCUUUAAUAUUUAUGCUUUAAAAUAAUUAUUGAAACAAAUCAUUCUUCAAUGUGAUAUUUCUGAAGCUCAUAAUGGUUAAGAAGCAUUAGAAUAAGUCUAAUGCACUAGAUUUGAUAUUAUUUUUAUGGAUAUCAAUAUGCCAACCAUGAAUGGCAUCUAGGCUACCUAAUAAAUCAGAUAAUUUGAAAAAAAUAAUUAAUUCUAAAGAUCUAAAAUCUGCAUGUUGUCGGCUUUCUAAGGAGAAAGCGAUCUUUAAGAAUCUUUAAAAAUAGGUGCAGAUUUACAUUUAGCUAAACCUCUCUAAAUUCUAGCACUAAAAACAAUUUUGCAAUAACUAAAAUUUAUAUGA